UCAUGGCAUUCAACGAAGAGCAUGGGAAAAGGAGGUCUUCAGAAAGCGCUCAAAAGUUAUUGCUAUGGAAAAAGUGACCGAUCAAAUCGUAGGAAGUUCCUAUAUCUUGCCUAGACCGGGAGUAGUUCACUAUUCGGGCUAUGAUCCAACGAAGCUGUCUACUUAUGAAGAAGGGAAGGCCAAAGGAAAGAAGUCAGAGAUACAUGAAAAGGCAUGUGAAGAGGAACCCAUCGUUAAGAAUGAAAACGCUGAGGUGAUUUCAAUUGAAAAUUCCAUAGAGAGAGAUCUUAAGAUGCCGCAAGAAAAGGUGAAAAAGUACGAAGGGGUUAGACAAAGAAAGCCAGGAAAGUGGGUGGCAGAGGUUCGAGUCCUAGGUACUAAAGAUCAAAUCUGGAUAGGAACAUUCAAUACUGCUGAAGAAACUUCUUUGGCUUAUGACGAGACUGUCAUUGAAAUGAAUGGUGCUGGCGCCGUGACAAACAUCCUCAAGCCACCACCAGGAUACACUCCACCAACGGAAAUCAACUACUUGAAUCCACCAUCUUCAUCCAUAGAUAAUUCUAGGAUUUAA